GGCUAACUCAUACCUUUAAACUGCCUCCUUUGUGACAUCAUUCUCCCACCAAACCUACGAGCACCUGGUAGAAUCUUGGGGUUUCCAUGGAGUUGUCUGUAAAUAAAUUUGGAUCAUCGCAACUGACCAAUAACCAGUGACCAGUAACCAGUGACCAGUAAUCAGUGACCAGUGACCUUUCUGCUGGCCACAUGCGCUCUUCUGCUACUCCUCAGACAUCCUCUAAUAUUAUCUCCUCAUCCCUUCUAUCCUCCAUUGACAUUUCCUCUUCUCUGACCAUGUCAGAAAAUUUCCAAAAUUCAUCUUUACUUGGAACUGCAAAUUCUCUGCAGCUCUCUCUUCCUGUGGUAAGCAAUGAGGCUUCCCUAACAGGAAGUGUCUGCAACUUCUCCAGAGUCCCUACUCCAGCUGUUAGCUCGUCAUGGAUACUGCCAUCACCUGCUAGCAGCUCAUUCCAGUCACUCAUGGGUAGUGCCUACCUUUACCAACAUUCUAGCACAACUAUGUUGUCUGGGGUUACUGGCCACAGCCCCAUGUCCAUUUCAGCUGCCUCCUAUCCAAGUGUUUUUGAUUGGGAUAUGACAGGAAGCACUGAAAACUCAUCUUCACUUGGGGACCUCACUGUGACUAUCAUUGACCAGGACAGAACUGUUUCUUCUAUGUCUAUGACAGCACAUUAUGAUCAAGCUUCAGAUACCAAUACCAUGGUCCCUCUCUACCCAUCAUUGUCUGCAAGGCUUGUUCAGGGAACAUCAUCUCAAAUUUCAAAUCAAGAACAUAGCCUGUCACUUCCCUACCAGGAAGGAAGCAAGGUCUAUUACUAUAAUCAAAGCACACUGGGACCACUACUGUCUGGAGAACUUAGCCCCUGCCUGCAAUCCUAUGGCUCUAUGUCAUACACCGGAAGUAUGUCCUCUGCUUCUCAACCAGAAAUGGUGAUGGUGCUAAAGGAGGUUCAACCUACAAAUGUCCUACCAGUUACCUCCACCCCUAGGAUCUACUACUCUGUGUCUGCUCAGCCUAUCACAGAAACAAGUUUUGAAGUGAUGGAAACUUCCCUAGAGAUGGACACCUCUCUGGGAUUACAAACUCCAACCCAGACACUUUGUCUGCCACAAAUGCCAGAAUUCCCCAAGUCCUGCAAGAGCAGAAAUAUCCAGAUAAUUGAUAAUAACCCACCUUCUGAGUUUGAGGACAUUUCAAUAAUAGCUCCAGUCCAGAGUCCUUCUGAUUUCUUGGCACUGCCUCCAGCUUCCACCCAAGAAGAAAAAGAGAAUAAGAAUUUGGAUGAGACUAAAACCAAGCUGUCAAAGGCUCUGGAUGCCUACCAGAUCCCAGCAGAAAACCAAGAUCCUCCACUACUCCCUUUAGAAAUCCCUGAUAUCCAUCAGCUUCUGGCCUGCAUUGAUCCUCUUGGCCAAGAGGUGCAGCCUCAUUCUAAAACUGUCAGUCUAGGAAACAACAGCCUGAGUCUUGAACACCAAGGGACACUUGAAAGUGAGAUUGAGUCUGGCAGUAGUUUUUCAGACAUCUCUACACUGGUGAAGGAUAUUCACCUUCCCCAGCUCUUCAAUUCCUUAAAAGAUCUUGACCAAUCCAAAGAUCUCACAGCAAUCAAAGCCAAAGAUGCCAAAGCGUCCAUGUUGAAUCAGUCACAGGAAAAGUCCAAUGUCAUAAAGGAUUCCUCUGAUCAAGUCAGGAAGAACAAGCAUAAAGCUUCUGAGCCUAUCAGUGGUGCUCCCAAGGCCAAAAUCCAGCCAAAGAAUCCAGAGUGCCUGACAGGGGAAGAAGUGAUUGUUCUCAGUGCUGUAGCCAAGCAUUCUAACAGCAAACCUCAGAAAGCUGCAUCCAGCAGGAGCAGCAAAACUAAGGGUCAUGGGCAGGAAAAGACCAAAAGGACCAGAGAAAACAACUCCAAGAAAGCUGAAGAAAGUAAGCAGUCAGGGAACAAAGUCAAGGCAGAAGACAAGCCAACCAUUCCCAAGAUGAAGCGGAAGAAAAAUCAACUUGAGCUUAGCCCAGAGAAUUUUAAAAAGCCUCGAAGCUGCCUAGGUAUGCACAUGCUGGAGUCUGUUCAGGUUUUCCACCCACUGGGAAAGAAGAGUGAUAAGAAAACUGGACUCUCUUCCUUCAGGAAGCUGGGAAAUUCAAGCAACACCAAAGACCCCCAGCUAUCCCCAACUUUCAAACCAUGGCUGGAUACUCCACGUGAGGGUAAAGGUUCUGAGAAAACUCCAGUCAAAGCCCAGAAAACAGAUGGCAGUGCUGGAAAAGAGUGUCCAUCUCCAUCGCAGUAUGAGCUGCCACCACCUGGGAAGGUCAAGUUGGUACCUUUGCCCUUUCCGACCCUGGACAAACCUCCAGCUCGACCUGUUCCUCGGCGGCCACAUUCUCUGGCCUCACGUAGGCCUGCUGCAGCUAACCCUGCUCAGCCUGCUGCAGCUAACCCUGCCCAGCCUGCUUGUAUUAACUCAGCUCAACCUAUUGCAGUCAAUCUAUCCAGACCAGCUCCUACCAAUGCAUUUUCAACAUUUCCUGCCAGACCAGCUUGGCCAGUUUCAACCAAUGCAACCAGACACAGUUUGACCAACCCUACCCGGCCUAAUGAACCUCAGUCUGCUGCCUCUAAGCCUGCACCUUGCAAAACAUCAUCUUGUACUUCCCUCCAGCAAGAGCCUGUUUUCACUCCUGUGACCAAGCCCAAGUCACCACCCAAGCCUCAAAACCAAUUUCUACUCCAAGACUUCAGCUGUCAACCAAUUCCAUGGAGGAAACCCAAUAUUUCUGGGCCAGUACUAUCAAAGCCUAUCACAAAAGAGCAGAGGCCAGAGCGUGAAGCCAUGAAAAGGAAGGCUCAACAAGAGCGAGAGAAUGCCGCCAAAUACAGCUCUCUGGGGAAAGUGCAGUUUUUCAUUGAGAGAGAAAAAGAGAUGGAAAUUUCACGCUACUAUGGUUACGUAAAAUAAGAGAUGCUCAGCUUACUGGUACCACUUUGAGUACCAGCUGGUUUUCCACAUAUAAAUAGAUAGAUACAAAUUUCUCUAUUAAUUCUGAUAUAUUUUAAAAUCUUAAUAAAAUUGAGUAAAGAAAUGUAAUAAAAUUGAUUAAUAGCAGAGUAAUAAAGAAGCCUUUUGAGUUUUGAUGUGCUGUUAAGUGUGGUUUUUCUUUCAGGGAGGUGGGGAUCAAAGGCUGCCUUAGAAAGAAGGCACUGAAAGUUGGGUGGGAGAAUAAGGGGCAAAAGGGAUUAAGAAUUGAAGAAAGAGGAAGGAUCCUGUUCCAGGACUAGGUAAGCCAAAAGGGAAGAUAUUUAUGGAUUUAUAAAAAGUAUCAGCAAUGGGGAAAAUGACAGAACUAAGAUACAGAGUCUAAGGUUCGGGCUAAAACAAUAAAUUAUAUUAAGUUGAUAAUUGGAGAAGAUGAGCCUGAGUUGACCACAGAAAUGUCAAGAAAUCUUUCAUGGAGAAUGGCCUUAUAUCUUAUGCCCUACCUGAUAAGUAUUUUUGAAAAUAAGAUAGAGGACA